AUGUUCUCGAAGAUUUCAGCGUUCACACAUCUGGCCGCUGCCACCAAAUUCGCCACAGGCGAAUUCGUCAUAGACCCACGUGGCGAUUUCUCACUCAUGCUGGCUGAGAAAGGCUGGGCAUCACAGAAGGAAUUUGAUAUCAUAUGGCACUUCCUUGACCAACGGCUCAAUGCCUUCAAGAAGCACUUAGAUUCCAUAAAAAGGGCUGUCGACCCUUCACGAGAGUUUGACAAAUCGCGGCUCGGCGGUUUCAGGCUGGCCAGUGUGCCACAUACCACUUUCACUGACCCGGAAUCGGUCAAAAGGGCAUGGUCCACAGAGAUUAGGCCUACCCACGAGUCGACCCGCAAGAUGUUGGGUUGGGAACUAAACAGUCAGUGUGAACCAGCAGUCAACGAAGUCACCUUCAUACAUCAACGCCAGCAGCUGCCAAUAGAGCUCCCUGUUCCCUGGCCAAGCAUAAACGUCGCUGCAGCAAUGUUACGAAGGGAUGAAGGGACCGUACCAAUAACAGACCAUCCACGUGAAUCCUAUACACUCCAUGAUCCCAAGAAAGACCUGGACUACACAGAGUUUGUUCAAGGCCUCAAGGGCAGAAAGACAGAGGUGGAUGGAUGGAUGGAUGGAUGGAUUCAUUUUAGAGUAUGUAACCGUGCCUAUCGGCAUAUGCCGUACUAUAGUGACUCGGGUGAAAAAAGUGUGGAGAACAUAAGGAUGUGA